CCACAGUGACAAUGGUCCACCAUUUUCCUCAUUCGAAUUUCAUAAUUUUAUGUCAAACAAUGGUAUCAGACAUACUUUGAGUCCUCCAUACCAUCCCAUGAGUAACGGUUUGGCAGAGAACUCUGUCAAAUAUGCUAAGAAUAAGAUCAAAUGUGCUUUACGUGAUAAGAAAGAUGUAAAUAUAGCUUUAAGUAGAAUAUUGUUUGAUUAUCGAAAUGCUGUUCAUGCUACCACCAAUGAGACCCCAGCAAAGUUGAUGUUUAAUAGGCAAUUAAGAACUAGGUUAGAUUUAUUAAGGCCUAACCUGUCAAUGACAGUUAGUAAAAGACAAGACAAGCAAAAGGAGUAUUUCUCUGGAACUAAAAUUAGACUAUUUUAUCCUGGUCAAAAUGUAAUUGUUAGGGACUAUCGCACCCGUGACAAAUGGGUUAGUGCUACGGUAAUUAAGCAGAUCAGCAAUGUUAUAUACGAAGUUGAAUUGACGUCUGGCAUUGUGUUCAGACGGCAUAUUGAUCAGAUUGUAGCCGUGCAGGGAGAGCCAGCUGAUGUAAACAAACAGGUAGAAUCAGCUGACGCUUUCGAUGACAGUUCCUCUUUCCCCCCGGUCAUGACGCCGGUGGGGCGAGAACCAAUAGCAGUGAGUCCCCACUCUCCGCCGAGCGACCGUGUGGCUCGCUCCCCUCCCCUCUCAGUGUCGUGCCGUUCUAACGGUAAACAAACAGCUGAUCGUGGCAACACGUCACCGGCUGCGACGGCAGCUGUCAUGCCGCGCCAGCUGUUCCCAAGCAACAACAAUGAUAGACGCUAUCCUGUGCGGAUUAGAAAUCCCGUGGAUAGGCUGAACUUGUAAAUUAUAUUGUUUUGUUCUAUUUUAGUUUGUUUCAUUAUAUUGUUUUAUUUGUCUUAGUUGUGAUAACCAAAGCGUUCAUACCAUUUUACUUAAUUGUAGUUUAAGGAGAAUUUAUUGAUUUUACUGUAUUAAUGUGUUAAUUGAAUUUCAACAAUGUUUUUUUUGUUAAACUAUGUAGUGUGUUAUUUUGCAGUGUUUUUCAACUUUGGAAGGGAGGAAAUGUGGUGUACAU